CUCCCUGUGUGAGAACAAUAAAGUGAAUCCAACAUGGCGGUCGUCAAGUCACCGAAUGAUCCUCGAGAUUACAGGGUCAUUCAUCUUGACAAUGGCUUGACUGCCUUACUCAUCUCUGAUACCAAUACGGUAUCAUCAAGGCAACGCCAUCAUAGCAGCCACAGUAGCUCAUAUGUCAGUGACACAGAAGAAUCAGAUGAUUCUGAUGAUGAGAGUAACGAGGGGAGUGAAAUAGAAGAUGAUGAUGUUACUGAAACUAUGGGAACUAGUGAUAAUAAAUAUGAUGAUGAUGAAGAAGAAGAAGAAGAAGAAGAAGAAAACAUUAAGAAAGAGCAUGACAAAUAUAGCAAACCAGAUGCAAAACUGGCUGCCGCUGCUCUGUGUAUUGGUACUGGAAGCUUCUCUGAUCCGAAUGAGAUUCCUGGACUUGCACACUUCUUAGAACAUAUGGUUUUUAUGGGAAGUCAAAAAUAUCCUGAUGAAAAUGCAUUUGAUGCAUUCAUCAAGAAACACGGGGGGAAUUCAAAUGCAAGCACAGACUGUGAAAGGACAGUGUUUGUUUUUGAUAUUCGUCGGAAGUAUUUAAAAGAAGCACUGGACAGGUUUGCCCAGUUUUUUAUCUCUCCUUUGUUAAAAGAAGGAAGUGUUGACAGAGAAAUCCAAGCUGUUGAAAGUGAAUUCAAGCAAAGUUAUCAUAGUGAUACAGUUAAGAAGAUGCAGUUAUUACAAAGUUUAUCAAGAGAUUGUCAUCCUUAUAAGAAGUUCCUUUGGGGAAAUGAAGAAACCUUGAAAAACAUCCCCAAAGAAAAGGGUAUUGAUGUGCAGAAUCACCUCAAGUCCUACCAGAAAAGGAUGUAUUCAGCUCAGUACAUGACACUGGCUCUCUGCUCUAAAGAGUCUCUGGACACGCUUGAAGAGUGGGUGAAAGAAUUCUUUGCCGAAAUACCAAAUAACUUGCUACCCAAGCCAACUUUCCAAGAAUUUCCACCUCCGUUUGAAGACUCCUUCUUCACUAAGCUAUAUAAAGUUUUACCAGUCAAGGAUAUUAACCAAUUAGAAAUCACCUGGGUGUUGCCAUGCCAACAAGAACAUUACAGAAUCAAGCCAAUGCAUUACGUAUCAUGGCUACUAGGACACGAAGGACCAGGUAGUGUGCUUUCUUUCUUAAUCAAAAGGUCAUGGGCAGUGAGCUUGAUGUGCGGCAAUGGAGAAACUGGUAUUGAACAUAACACCAACAUGGCACUUUUUCCUUGUCUCGUCAAUUUGACUGAUGAAGGAAUGAAGCAUAUUUUCGAGAUCAUCACCAUAAUUUUCCAGUACCUUGAGAUGUUAAGACAGAUAGGACCACAACAAAGAAUUUAUGAUGAAAUACAAACUAUCGAAAAAUUGGAAUUUCUGUUUCAAGAACAGUGCGAGCCCUAUGACUACGUGGAAAACUUGGUUGAAAACAUGCAACUUUACCCAGAAGAAGACUUUCUGACGGGCGAUCAGCUGAUGUGGGAGUUUAAUCCCAAGGUGAUUUCCAAUGCCCUUGAUCUGCUUACGCCGGAUAAAGCUAACAUCGCAAUCUCUUCUAAAAGUUUUAAAGACGAGUGUAGUGAGGUUGAGCCUUGGUUCCAGACUUCUUAUAAAUCAAUCGACAUUGAUCUAGAGUGGAAAAAAGCUUGGACAAAUCUGCAGCUCAAUCCUGAACUUCACAUCCCAACUGAAAACAUCUUCAUCGCAACUGAUUUUGAGAUUAAAGAGAAAGAUGUCAAGUCACCCGAGUUUCCAGUAGUAAUACUAGACAAUGAUUUUGGUAAAGUAUGGCAUCGCAAGGACGAUAAAUUCAACACACCAAGAGCUCGAUACUACUUUCACUUAAUUUCGCCAAACGUAAACCACGUUCCUGCGAGCAUGGUUCUUACAGAAAUAUUUCUCAAAGUUCUUGAAUACAACUUGAAGGAAAUUUCCUACGCAGCAGACGUCGCUCAGCUAAGUUAUUCAAUGAAUAUUCAUGAGACAGGAAUUGUAUUAAAGCUGGAUGGAUUCAAUCAUAAACUACCUCUUUUGUUCAAGACCAUUGUAGAUUACUUCGUAAACUUUGUAGUUAAUGAACAGACGUUUAAUAUGGUCAAGAAACAAUUAACUCGAGUGUAUCGUAACAUCAUUAUCAAGCCACAGAGACUUGCAAGGUCUGUAAGGCUAAGUAUUCUACAGCUGGUCAAAUGGACAAUUGUCGACAAGAGAGGAGCUAUCGAUAAGAUUACCCUGAAGGAUGUUGAGAACUUUGCCUCGUCCUUUAAGUCUCAACUGUACGUAGAGAGUCUGAUUCAAGGGAAUGUUACUUCAGAGGAAGCCAUCUGUCUUCAGGAAUAUCUUUGUAGUAAAUUGAAUCCUUCUCCUCUUCAACUUGGUUAUCAUCCCAAGAUAAGGGUAGUAGAGCUACCGUGUACGGAGAGUAUUUGUCGUAUUGCAGGCUUCAAUAAGGAUGAUACCAACACUGUAGUUACUAACUAUUAUCAGUCUGGACCAGCUUCAGUAGAAGACUUUGCAGUGAUGGAAUUACUUAUCAUGAAGAUGGAAGAGCCUUGCUUUGAUAUAUUGAGAACUAGAGAACAACUAGGGUAUUCAGUAUUUUGUGCUUGCCGUAACACAUUUGGUAUCAUCGGCUUUUCUGUAACCGUCCAAUCCCAGGCAGAGAAAUUCAGUGUGACCCACAUUCAGUCCCGUAUCGAUUCUUUUCUGGAGGAAUUCAAAGGCAUCCUAGAGACGACUAAAGACAAGGACUUCCAAAGUCAGGUUGAUUCGUUAAUCGAACUCAAACAACACGAGGAUCUCAGUCUCGCAGACGAAACAAACAAAAACUGGUACGAAGUGCUGGACCAGACAUACCUAUUCGAUCGCAACAAGAGAGAGAUCGAAGCAUUGAGGAAACUAACAAAGGAAGAUGUCAUACAGUGUUAUAAAAGUCACAUGAAAAAUGGCGACAAGUACAAAAAACUAAGCAUCCAGAUCGUAGGGUCUGGAGACUCCGAGGUUUACGGUAGUAACAUCACUGAUGGUUUGAAAGAAAAUCUACAAGAUGGGCUACCUGAGGAAAGUGAUGACGAGGGUUGCAAAGAGGAAUGGGUUUUGAGACCACUACAUGUAGUGAAAGAAGAAAGUAUCUGUAUUCUGGACACAGCGGAUUUUAAGCGAACGAGACCUGUUUAUCCUGUUUCACAAAUCAAUUAAUUCUUGGAGUUCAUGUGACGUCAUAGCCGCCAUUUUGGUUGACUUUGACAAAAGAUUUGUGGUAGUUCGUUCAUGUUCUAGAAAAACAUAGAACGACAAUAUACAAGACAAGACAAUGCAUACAAUAUGAAAAAAUACACUACUCUACUAUUGAUGGUUUUCACGGCGGCCAUGUUGGAGGUACUUAACAAAAGAAUUGUCAAUGAAUUAUUUUGUUAUAUCCUCCAACAUGGCCGCCGUGUCUUUUGUUAUUUAAUUCCCUUGGGAAUGGUUGAAAACCAUCAAUACAUUGUAUUCCACUAGAACAUGAACUUGUCUGAAGCAGAUUGGUCUUUGGUUAUACUAACCAACAUGGUGGCCGCGUCUUUUUCCCUUUCAUACAUAUUCUAUUGGGAAGGGACGCGCUUGACCAAUAGAGCCGAGGGAAAGACCGCUUGCCCUUCCUCUGCUUUUCGCAGCACCACAGACCACCCGCGAGCAACGCUGGCUAGGAAAAUCAAUAAUUGGUCUCUAAAUAGGUGUAUAUAGGCUAAAUAGGUGGGUUUUUUCCUUUUUCCAUCUGGCAAUUGCAGCACUUUAUUAAUUAGUUUAUUGCGUGUUUAUUUAUUUAUUAUUUUUUGCUUUGCUUCUUUAGUCUAGGUUGGUUUUUUCCUGGUUCUGCAAAACCUUGGAAUGCUAUAUCACUUUUCAAGAUGGCUAAGUUUGUGUGUGUUUUUUUUUUUUAAUUAUUAUUUUUAUUUGCUUCUGCAAAUCAGCCUAGGCUGGUUUUUGGAUCGAUCGGUUUUUUUUUUCUGGUUCUGAAAAUCCUUGCAAUGCUAUAUCACUUUUCAAGAUGGCUGUUAGUUUAAGAUAUAGUUUUAUUUCCAUUUCCAGUGCAUCCACCCAGCAAGACCUCUGAUUACGGCCCUCUAUCGUAUCAGUGAAACAGAAAUAAAUGAACGAAUAUUUUGAGA